AGGAAAUUUAUAUAGUCUUGGUGGUAAGUUGGACACAUUUCCAACAAAAACGGUGCGUUUGGUACUUUCCCGCGCUUCAGCUGUUUAUAUUAGACGGACUGCGGCAAUCGACAGAUCCCUAAAUUUUAAAAAAAUGGAAGGAGAACAUGGGAACGACGAUUUAGAAAGAGUAGAAGAGGACGAAUCGGUUAACGAGUUGCUUCGAGACCGAUUCCGGCUCUCUGCCAUCUCUAUCGCAGAAACUGAAGCGAAAAAUAUCGGAAUGGAGAUAUCUGAACCAAUAAUUGCUUGCAUUUCCGAUUUAGCCUUUAAAUACACAGAGCAAUUGGCAAAGGAUCUGGAGCUGUUUGCUCAGCAUGCUAGUCGUAAAACUGUCAGCAUGGAUGAUGUUAUACUUUCUGCUCAUAGAAAUGAACAUGUAGCUGCCUUGUUGAGGUCCUUCGCCCGUGAUCUGAAAGCUAAAGAACCCCAGUCGGAUAGGAAAAGGAAGAAAGUGUCGAAAAAGCAAGAUGCAGCAAUUACUAAUGCAACAUUGAGUUCACCUGCAUUACUCAGCAAUCUUCUCAACCAUGGACCUAGUGCCGUGUUGGAUUUCGUUUCCCGGAGGAUCAGAUUCUGAGGAUUUUGGUUAUGUACUAAAUGUUAUUUUGCAAUCAUGUACAUCUUUGUAAAUAAAUUCCUUACAAAAUCCACUUGUGUUCAUCUGCAUUUUGGAAUUGGCGAUGGAUCUUGCAAGUUGUAACCUAGUUACACAAUUGAUGAAGUACCGAGUCAAAAUUGAUGUGAUCAAAUGCCAAUCUUAGGCCCAUCAUUUAAUUGGGGCCAAAUUCGUGUUUGAUAAGGACCUUUUUUUACACGAUUUAAUUUUAAUUUGUUUACAUUUUUUGAGUUA